GAAAAAAUAAUAAAUAAUAAUAAAACAUAGCAAUAAAUGUUUUGCACCCUGGCGAUGAGAAACUCGAUAUUUUGAGUAAAUAAUUCUUUUAACUUAUCGAUUACAAAUUGUAUUCUUUGUUUGUGGAUGACAUUUAUGUGUGUUUUUGUUGUUGUUAUUGUGGUUUCUGUUGUCAAUCCACAAACAAAUACAUGUGCUUCUAAAGAAAAACAUUGGACGCAUACACAUAAGAAAGAAGACAUGGCCAGAAAAAGAAAAAUUCCCGUACGUAAACAUCAUGGUAUACGUGAUCCUCUCAAGCAACUGGAGGUUAAAGAGAAAAAACUUAAAAAUGUUGUCAACAGCCCACCACAGAAAGAUGAUCAAAAAAUGUCGUAUAAAUUUGUACAGUUUAAAAAAUUAGCCGAUCAAGCAAAAAGUGGUAAUAAAAUCAAACGCAUACGAUGUGGAGUAGAGGACAAACCCAAAGAUACCCCCGCUGCGGGCAACAAAAAGAAAAAUCUCCAAAAGGAUGGCAAUAAGUUUAAGAGUAUAAAACAAAUGCCCGGUGAGGAAGAUUUAGAUUAUAUACGAAGAGUUAAUCGUAUAACCAGUGAAAGCCUUAAGGAGGCUCAAUAUGAAGCAAAGUAUGGUGUUAAAGUUAUACGUAAUCCCACUACCGGAGAGAUUUCCCUUAAAAAGAAACCACCCAAUGAAAUCGAUGAGUUGUUGAAACAGAAGCGUAAGGAAAUAAGAGGAGGUAAAAUUAAGAAGAAAAAGAUGGAUGAUAAGUUGCAUAAACCAAUAGAUCCUAAACUGGUUAAGGAAUUGGUAAAACAGGCCAUUAAAGAAGACGAACAGGAAAAGUUGAAAGAAAAACAAAAAGAAAUUGUAGAGUAUCGUCGAGAUGCAGUGAAAUUUGGUGAGAUAGUUCAUGCACCACCAAAUAUUUCAACACUACCCAGAAAGGCACAGAAAAAUGAAACAGUACCUAGACCUGGUAAGAAAAACAAUUUGUUACUAAAGGAUCUAAUUAAACCCCCAGAAGAAGCUGAAUCAGAAUCCGUAAAUAAUAAUUCCAAACAAAACAACAGCAACAAAAAGUCAAAAACUUCAGGAGCUUUAAGCAAAACUCAAUUAAAGGGCAAACGUAAAGAUCUACCCGAGGCCACACGCAACAUGUUGGAGACUGAACGACAAAAGUUGGUCAGUCUUUAUAGGGAUUUAAAGAAAUCGAAAGGCAUACAAGCGGAUAAAAGUUGAUAUUGCAAAGAAAUAAACCUACAUAUAUUUUUAAAUUUA